AUGGAAACGAAGACCCCUGUGGUCGACCUCGACGUUAAGAGCCCAGUCAAUGACUGUGCUUCAGAAGUAGCAGGAUCAGCGACAGUCAUAGAUAUCGACCCUGUCAAGGAGGCAGCCGCACGCAGAAAAUUCGACAUGUACGUCGUGCCGGUUUCGUUUAUCUUCCUUGUGCUGUCCAGCCUGGACAGAAACAACCUUGGAAACGCGAGAGUCUUCGGUUUCGACCAAGACAUUGGCCUCCAUGGAGGCCAGUUUGGCAAUAUUAACACGCUGUCGAGCGUCUGCACCAUCAUCUUUGAGCUCCCCUGGGUUCUUGCGGUCAGGCGCUUCGGAGCCAACAAAGCAAUCGGUACAGCAUUCGUCAUAUGGAGUGCCAGUACGCUUGGAACUGCCUUCAUCCACACCUACGGUCAAGCCAUCGCCUGUCGCAUGAUUUUGAAUGCCGCCGAAGCAGGCCUCGCUCAGAGCUUCGCCUAUCUGUUUUCCACCAUCUAUCCCCGGGAACUGGCAGGAAAGCGGAUCAUGACGACGAACCUCGCCCAAUGUGUUUCCGGUGCCUUUGGUGGUCUGUUUGCUUAUGCUGUUCAGACCAUGGGAUCGAAAAAUGGACUCGCGGCCUGGAGAUGGCUAUUCAUUAUCGAAUUCUUGAUCACUAUCUUUAUCUGUGGCAUUGGCUGGAUCUUCAUCCCGAAGACGGCCGAAUCGGCGUGGUUUUUGAACGCGGAAGAGAAGGAGACCAUGCGUCUGAAGAAACUGCGCGACAUCGCUCUCAGGGGAGCAGAGAGGUUCGAACGCAAGUGGAUCAAGAUUGCUCUUAUGGACCCUUUUGUCUGGCUCCUGGGCAUAGCGUUCUUUACCUCGUCUGUUGCCAUUAACGGAUUCGGUGUUUUCCUGCCUACUAUUAUUUCUGGUCUUGGAUAUGCCUCCCUUCGGGUCAACUACAUGACCAUACCGGUUUAUAUUCUAGGUGCCGUAUCUCUUGUCACUCAGGUCUACUUUUCCGAUAGACUCAGAAAGCGUGGCGUCUUUAUCGUCGGUUGUUGUGUCCCAGUUGCAGUUGGAUAUCUCCUCUGCGUAGGGACAGCGAAUCCUCAUGCUGAUUACGCUGGCAUGUUCAUCCUCGUCCUAGGGCUCUAUCCCAUCUCCACGCUGGCUGUGACUUGGAUCUCCACCAACCUGUCCCCAGAUAGCAAACGUGCAAUCGGAAUGCCACUGGCCUAUUCCAUCGCAAAUGUGUCUGCUGUGGUCUCGUCACAAUUAUACCCCAACCAGCAGGGCCCGCGGUACAUCCAGGGCAACGCCAUCUCGGCUGGUUUGACUGUUGUCGCCGGGUUCCUCUAUGGCGCAUGCUGGCUUCUGUUGAGGCGCAGAAAUAUCAACAAGAGAAAGCUUAUCGCUGAAGGAGCCACGACAAAUGGCUUGGAAGGCGAUAGGAGUCUUGAGACCAUGUAUAUUCUUUGA